AUGGAUUCAGUUUGGGAGAACGACAUCAAGACGCCAGAGGCGUUCGUCGUUAGACGGAGGAGUCUUGCUAAUCCGAGUGCAUUGGGAUUUGGCGGGUUUGCAGCGACGUUAAUGGCUUUGUCUCUGUCUGCCAUGGGCUUCCGCGGAGUGUCAAAUCAAUCCGUCUUUAUAGCAAACAUGUGUUUUCUCGCUGGAAUUGGGCUCUUGAUCUCCGCGCAGUGGGAAAUGCUCAAGGGCAAUACGUUCCAAUACACGGUCCUGGCAGCUUUUGGGCUAUACUAUAGUGGUUACGGAGUGUUAAUAUUGCCGUCAAUGGGCAUUCUUGAAUCAUACCAAGGCCAAAUAGCCGAGUACCAUAAUGCAUUUGGGAUUUACCAGCUUGUCUGGUGCGUACUGAAUAUGUUCUUUCUUAUUGCAUCCUUGCCAACGUAA